GCCUAGGAGCCGCUGCCAGAGAGGUGUGCUGCUCGCUUCCGGGAGCUGCCCAAGGCAAGGGCCUCACCUUCUCCCACACCCCAACCCCCUGCUCCAGCCCAGGCCCCCUCCUGCACCCUAACCCCCAGCCCAGAGCCUGCACCCCAGCUCUCUCUCAGAGCCUGCACUCUGCACCCUAACCCCCGCCCCAGCCCAGAGCCUUGGAGGGGGGGGAGGGCAGAGGGCAGGACUUGGACCCUCUGGGCUCCACCAAAAGGUAUGCAAAGCGGCCGUCCCUGGCCAAGCCAACCCCGCUUCAGGCUCCCUCCCAGCUCCUAGAGUGAGCUGGCCUCAGCCCCGCAGCUGGGAUCUGGGGGGCCAAACUCUCCGGGGCCAGGCGAGGGGAGUUGUGAGCCUGUCGAGACCUGCAACUGAGCAUGCGCCCAGCUGGGCAGGGGCUCGGGGUCUGAGCUCCCCAGGGUUGGCUCCUCUCAGGGUGGGUCCCCCAGUGGGGGGGGGGAGGGGGAUGCACGAUCGCCCCCUCCCCCACCUCCCUCCGUGCCUGGGGCCGGGCUGGAGCCUGACAGGGCCCCGCCCAAGCUCUAGAGCUCCCUCCGCCGCCGGCCGGGCUUCGCGCGCGCGCCGAGUCCUCCCAGCCUGCAGGGGGCGCGGCGUCGCCCUCCCUGCGCCCCGUGCGCUCCGCUCUCUGGCCGGCCGCCUCCUCGCCGCGCGCGCGCGCGCGCGAGCCGCCCGGCCCGGCCCGGCCCAGCCCAGCGCGGCCCCGCCCAGCCCGCGGCUCGGCCCCAGGGAGCGAUGGCGGCCUCGGUGUUCUGCUGCCUGCGCUGGUGCGGGGACGGCGGCGCCGGGCACAUCCCGCUGAAGGAGAUGCCCGCGGUGCAGCUGGACACGCAGCACAUGGGAACAGAUGUCGUCAUUGUCAAAAAUGGCAGAAGAAUAUGUGGCACGGGGGGUUGCUUAGCCAAUGCACCUUUGCAUCAGAACAAGAGCUAUUUUGAGUUUAAAAUCCAAUCCACAGGGGUUUGGGGUAUUGGAGUUGCAACCCAGAAAGCAAAUCUGAAUCAAAUUCCACUUGGUCGAGAUGUGCAUAGUUUAGUGAUGAGGAAUGAUGGAGCUCUCUACCACAACAACGAGGAGAAGAACAGGCUGCCAGCGAACAGCCUUCCACAGGAGGGUGACAUUGUGGGUAUUACAUAUGACCAUGUAGAAUUAAAUGUAUAUUUAAAUGGAAAGAAUAUGCAUUGUCCAGCUUCAGGAAUCAGAGGGACUGUCUAUCCUGUAGUAUAUGUUGAUGACAGUGCAAUCUUGGAUUGUCAGUUCAGUGAAUUUUAUCACACUCCUCCAACAGGGUUUGAAAAAAUACUCUUUGAGCAGCAAAUCUUCUGAACGUCUUCAUACUGAAAACUUGCACUCCUACACUGUUACAAAGCUUUUGCCAUCUUAAAUAAAGCUUCACGUUUACCUGUAGGAAACACAUCUGUAUUUUUUAGUAAAGUACUUGUGACUGUUGUCUGAAGAACCAAAAUGUUAACUGCAACACCAGAGAAUUGUGUUACAAAUGGUAGAUUUUGACAACUGUUUUGUGAUGUGAAAAUCAGUGUUUUGGGGCAGUUUUCUGAUUUGUAUUUGAUGUAAAUGGAAACUAAAGGGUAUAAUUGCCACAGUAUUAAAUGAACUUUUGGUUUCAAUUUGAGCUUUAAAAAGGAAAUAAUUCAUAUGCGUGACAGUAUGUUUCCAUAAAGCUACAGGGAUAGAUAGUUGUCUCAUUGUGAUUUUUCCUGUUCCUUUCCACUCAGAAGUUAUGUACCUUGUAAAAAGAGAGCACUGUGCUAAUAGUCUGUUCGGAUUGCUAUGUCCUUGUUCUGCACAAUGACUAAUGAUACUAUUGGCAGCUAGAUUUUGUUUUUUCUUUUGAAACUUGUAACCUACCCAUUUCUAGUUGUUAAACAGCUAAUAUUCCUCUUGAGUUUGGAUAAAUCUCAUAGCUUUUCAUUUGCUUUAAGUGUAACAGAACAGUCAGACUGUUUUAGUAACAGUCAAAGCAUUAUUUUGUUGUAAAAAAGCAAACCUAAACACCAGAUGUAUUUAUGAAGACCAUCAUGCUGUGUUAUUCUGGUGGCAGAGUAGAUACAGAUUGUUUAACUGUGAUGUAUACAAUGGCAGGGAUGGUAUGUUGGAUAUUACGAUGAAGCUUUACAUCUAAACUGUAAAUCAGAUUAUUCUUUAUGGAAUUUUUUUUUUCUGGAACCAGUAAUAAAAUGAAUAAUUAA